CACUCUUUGCAUCACAAAGGCUGGCAGCCCUGCUGCAACAUCUCCCAAGGCUACAUACCUGUAGGCACAGACAUGUCCAUACUUCCUCCAAAGUAAAACCUCCUUCAGUGAGGCCCUCUGCAUGUGGUAACCACAAGAUUUCACCUUCCUCCAGAGGAUGGGAGGGCUGUCCUGCGUAGGAUUACAAGUGGCAGCUCAGUAUUUUCACAGAGUGAAGAAGAUUCUGCUUUCAGAUGUGACCUCAUCCACAGAGUGCAAAGACUGAUCUCAGCAAGAUGGGUUCCAAACUUCUUGAUGAAAACAAGCAGCCUCUCAGUGAAAACCAACAUUUCAAAAGUUUUCAGACAUCACCUGUGUCCCCAAAUACCGAGAUGGGACAGGAAGAUGUUGCAGACUUGACUUCUCCAACGGGCAAGAAAGAAUUGGAUAGGCAGACGAAGGAGGUGUGUUUGCAGGACCCAUUGCAAAUAUUGGAAGAAAGGAAGAAGAAACUUCUAAAGGAAAAAGCCAGAAUAUUGGAAGGAAGAGAAUUAAUCAAAAAACAGGAAAAAAUCUUAAAGGACAUGCAGAUAAAAAUAAAUCACUUGCACAAGCAGCUCAAGCACCCUGAACUAAUUGAAUCAAGAAAAAACUCAAAGGAAUUGCAGAUUCCAAUAAAAACCUUGGGAGCAGGAAGCAGAAAAAAGGAGGAGAAGAUGAAAAAGCAUGCACAAGAUGAAAGGCAUAUGCUUUGGCGGAAGAGGGAGUUUGAAUGGCCUGGCAGUAAAAGCUGUCAAGAAAGAGAGAAGGUCUACAACUGCCCCAGCUCUCCCACCCAGAAGACAACUAUGGUGAAACGGACCCAGAAAUCCAGCCACCAAAAAAACAUCUGCUGCUUCUCUCUUGGGAAGUCUGUCAAGUACUUACUGUGCUAUGCCUGCUUGUACUUAACACUAGUCUUGAUUUAUAAACACCUACCUGAUGCUAUCUGGGCAUACCACCUGGACACACCAGGCAGCAUCUAUCAUCAGCCAUGGACACACUAAGCCCAGAACAUUUUAAAGACUCCACGCUGGAUUUCUGUAGGGUUGCUGUUUUGCUUCUGGGAAGACCAGCACUUUAAAAUAAAGUAUCUAUAAAUGCUAAAAGCA